AUGAAAGACAAGACCAACCUGCCCUACGUGGAGGCCACCAUUAUGGAAGUGUUGAGACGAGCAGAUAUCGCCCCUAUCGCUCUCCCACACACCUAUACCCACGAUGUCCAGUUCAGAGGGCACACAUUUCCAAAAGGUGUCCUGGUCAUAUUGAUGCUUGAUUCGGUCCUACAAGACCCGGAUAUGUGGGGUGACCCAGGCAACUUUCGACCUGACCGUUUCCUUGACGACACUGGCAAAAUCGUAAAGAAAGAAGAGUUCAUUCCCUUCUCUCUUGGUCGAAGAGCUUGUUUGGGUGAAUCGAUGGCUCGGAUGGAGUUGUUUCUCUUCCUGAUCACCAUGAUCCAGAGGUUUAAGUUCAUCCCCGUGGAUGGCCAGAAGCCCUCCUAG